AAGAUGUAAAUAACACUCUUAAUGAAGUAGCUGAUGAAGUACAAGAUUCUAAAGAUGCUUCAGAAUCCACUAAUACUACCAAGACUGUUAACACUUUUCAAGACUUACUACCAAAGAAGAAUCCUCAACCUUCAUCACAAAGGUAUGCUUUGGGCUUCACUAAUACUACUGAAAUCAUUACUCGACAUUCACCACAAAGGCGUAAAUUAAAAGUAGUAGCUGAUUAUGUACAGGAUUAUGAAGAUGCUUCGGGCUCCAUUAAUACUACCAAAAUCGUUAAUACUUUUCAAGACUUACUACCAAAGAAUACUCAACCUCCACCACAAAGACGUAAAUUAAAAGACAUAAAAACAUUCUUAAUGAAGUAA